AAAUAUGGGGGCAGAAAGGAUGACCAGGAAUCUUUUUCCUCUUAUGCUUUUUGUGCUGUUGAUAUCAGGCAUUUAUGGACUUACCCCAGCCGAGAGGGAUGCGGCGGAGAAAGGAGAAGUGGGAUACGGAUUGAUGAUGGACGCUGGGUCGACUGGAUCAAGAAUACACGUGUAUAGGUGGGUCUGGAACGGCGACUCCUUGCCGAAUGUUACAGAUGACUUCUUCAAGCAAGUGAAACCAGGCCUAUCAGCCUUCGCGUCUGAUCCGGCAGCUGCAGCUCACAGUUUGCAGCCUUUGCUCGAUUAUGCUCUCUCGGUCAUGCCGCAGGCUUCCGUGAAGGCGACGUGGGUCCAACUGUUCGCUACUGCUGGGCUGCGCCUGCUGCCCGAUGAGCAGCAGACGAAUCUGCUGAACGCAGUGAGGCAGCUGCUCGCAAGCUCUCCCUUCAUCUUUCAAGAUGACUGGGUGGCAAUCGCCUCGGGGGAAGACGAAGCAGUGGAUGCCUGGAUCACGGCGAAUUACAUCCUCAAGACAGCCACUCACAUUCAGCCAGAGAGAACGUUUGGGACCAUCGACUUGGGGGGAGGCUCGCUGCAGAUCACUACCCGGCAGGAGCCCAGCAAGACGCCUGUGGGCCCUCGAUUUGACUUGUACCUUGGAGAUGAAAGCCUUCCGUUGUUUGCUCAAAGCUACUUGGGGUACGGACUGAUGGAGCAGAGGCGAAGGGUUGACGGCCUUGUCAUCCAACGUUCAAAGGUUGCAAACAACGAGAACGAUGAGGAUAUCAACGUCGAACAUCCAUGCCUCUUGAGGGGGGCGCCUUCCACUGGAUUCUUCGAUGUUCCCGAGCAAUACGUCUUCAACGGCACUUCAGACUUUGACUCGUGCUUUCGCCUCAUGCAGACGCUUGCUAGCUCUUGUAAUGAUACUGCAUUGGAAUGCACAAGUCUGGCAUCAAUGCCUCCUCCCAACUUCCAUGGAAGGUAUCUCGCAUUCUCCUACGUGUACGACGUUCUACCAGAAUUUGUCAAAGGAGACACUCCAACCGUGGCCGAGAUAGCAACUGCUGCUCGAGAGAUAUGCAAGAUGGAUUAUGAGUCGUUCGUUUCAAAGCACAAAGAUUAUGAAACCAGUCAUCCAGACUUUCAAGUUAGAGCAUGCCAGGAUUUGACCUACAUAUUGUACAUACUAGAAGAAUACCUCAACAUCCCAGUCGAUGCUCAAAAGGUUCAAUUGGUUAAACAGAUCCAUGGAAAGGAGAUGUCGUGGACACUUGGUGCCACCUUGCGUAUGCUGCAUCGUCCAUCAAAUGUGAAGCGGGAACUGUAAAAGAUCCAUGUCACAGGUAGACAAGAGAUGACUUUUGAAGAUGCUUUUCCCUGGCCAAUUGCGAAAAUCGAGAUUUGCAAACAUUUCGAAAGAGAUUCAACAGGGUGUCAAGUGAUAGAAGAUCAUUUUUACUCUGCUUUAUACCAUAGAACGAAACUUUACUGGUACGAGGACAUCGGCUCUGGUACGAACUGAGCACCAUAACCCUGUUGCAUUGGUACUGGCUCCAUUUCAGUCCCAUACUUCUCUUCUUCAUAGUAGUAGUCCUCUUCCUGCUCUCUCAAUUCAUUAAGCUUCGAUUGCAAAUAGCAAAUGAAGAGCAAUGCCAAAAACAGAACUCCGCCGAGGACGAUUGAAAUUAUUUCAAGGUUACGUGCAUGCCACCAAUGAACGAUAUCGCAAUUGAAGUUCGCUUGAAAAAUACCAUACGUGGGACAAGGGAAAUUGAAAUAGGUGCUGCUGAAAAACGCUGAGGAUUUCAGAUCCUUGGAGGAAUAAAUGAUCCUGCUGUUUCUUGGCUGAAUCGGACGAAAAUUUCCGUACUUGGAUAGUUUGUCCCCAUUAGGCAGCUGCACAUCUCGCAAGCUUUGCAGGGUGCUGGAAGACACCCUCACAGUUGUAUUCAUAACAACCCACUGAACCACGGCAUUGCAGUUGGGUGUAGUCAGGCCUCCUGAGUACUGGAAAAACAGGUCUGAAUAGGUUUUGCUGUUCAAUCCUGUAAACAAAUCAUCAAGCUUGAAUGAAGUGCUCAUUUUUGCUCCAGAAGAAGUUGCGGAACUGGCGGCCUUGGCAAUGUCAGACAAGACUGUUGGUUCAGCACCAGGGGCAUUCACAUCGUACAACUGGGAGAGUCCAACGAUAGCGGUGCUUGAGGAGCUGUCAAUAGCACUUUGGUAUGAGGAAUAUUGACUGUUGUACAACAUGACCUGGAUUUCCAUUCCAUACUGGACACCCAUAAUGUAGUGUUCACUACCUUCGGUGUCAGAUCUUCCAACGUGAAUAUGGAUUUCUCCAAUAUUCCAUGUCUGAGACUUGAGCUGGUUCAGAGUAAUUGCAUUGGAGUCGAUGGUGAGUGCAGGGCUGGGAUUGAUCAAUUUGAGAUAACGGCCAUCGUUCACGAAGCUCCAAGUAGCUGAAGUUGUAAAUGAAGAAGGAGAGCUAAUAGAAAGAGAAUCGGGAGAGGUAGAAAAUCCACACAAGUUAAUCGGUGAUUGGACCAGGUUGCUGUCGGUCAUACAAAAUUUGUCUGGCCAGCCAAAAGGCCCCGUGCUGUUGUCGCACUGGUUGUAAUUGAAGUCUGUGGUAGAGCUUCUCCGAAACAUAUCAGCAGAAGCCUCUCCAUAGUAAGACACGAUGAGUGCUGCUACAAGAAGGGAUCUCAUCCUCCCCU